CCAAUUUCAAUAUUCACUUCUCCGAGCUAUUGACCUCAUGUCAUGGGCCUAAAUUGAUUAUAUUGAACGCCUUACUGCAGUUGGAGACUGACUGCUAUCAUGGAACAGAGGAGCAGACGUUGAAUCGGGCGCAGGACGACUUUCAAUUAAUCUUUUGGUUUCCUUUUCCAUUUUUUUGUUUACAAAUCACAAGAUCAGUUUAGUGAUUUCGUGAAUAUAAAGACAGAUAUAAAGAGUUCCGAAUCAUAUGAUCAUGUGACUUGGACAAAAUGGCGGAUAAAAUUACAAGUACUGCAAGUUCUCCUAAUACAUCUGCUUUGUACUAUGAUGUGUCUCCAAAUAUAGUGACGUUUUACAGAUUAUUUGGAGGUGUCACUUUAAUAAUGGUUUUGUUGGCUUUUGUCUUCUGCCUGGUGAAGGGAUCAGAGAACCACACAAACUACCUAUUAGCCUGUAAUCUAAUCAUCAGCACAUUUGUUGGAGUAGUCAUUUCUUGGUGGUACAGAGGCGGUGAUCUGACAUCUGACAAAUGGUGGUUCCUGAUCCUUGUGUGUGCCGUCAUUAUCUUCCAGUGUUUAACCACAGACAUUUAUGCCUUCCAUGCUAGGGUAGUACCUCCUACUGGCAUAUCUACACCCCCUCCUUUCCAGAACAGGACAAUCCCAGCCAGAAAUAUCACAUCAGCAUUUAACAUUACUACACCUCACAAAAUGGAGAAUUUCUUGUAUGACAUAACAGAAAGCCCCAUACCAGGGAGAUAGGAGUUGAUGGCCUAUGAAGUGACAAGAUGUCAAUAAAAGUUAUAUAUGAUUUCUCAUGUUUAUUAAAUUAACAUUUCUUGCAUGAUAUAACAGAGAAUCCCACUCUUUGAUGGGAGUUUGGACUAAUUAUUAAGUUAAAAUUUUUAUGAUAUAUGUAAGUUAUAUGUAUUUAGUGAACAUUGCUGUACUAAUAUUAUUUCAGUCAGCUUUAAAGUGCCCCAUGAAUCGGGCGACGUAUACCGCCAUGGUUACAUUAGAGGAUUAGAAGAGUUUGUUCGGAGGGAUAUAGGGAACGCCUACGUCCGUCCAUCCGUCCGUACAUAUGUCCAUCUGUCCAGGCAAUAUCUCAAAUAUCGUUGGCCCGAUUUUGUUCAUAUUUUGUACGCAUAUACCCAAUGGAUAUAGAAGUUCUGCUCGAAAGCCAAUUUUCAAAAUGGCCACUCAUUUAAAAUUAUCGGCCAUUUUAGUUCCAAUUUUACAGUAAUUUAAGUGCAAUAUGUAAAACUGUAAUAGCAAUAUGUUUUAAAUGUAAAAAAAUUAUAUAGGACUUUGAUCAUGGGCUUUCAACCAUGCUUUGAUAAAGCU